AUGACAGGACGCGCCCGCGCGAGAGCCAGAGGAAGGGCUCGAGGCCAGGAGGCCGUGCAGCACGUGGGCGCCGCCGCGAGUCAGCAGCCCGGGUACAGUCAGCCCCGACCACAGCAGCCGCUGUCCGAGGGGGACUUGGUUGGCCGUGGACGACAGCGAGGACCAGCAGGAGCAACAGCCAAGUCACCAGAACUCCAGAUCUCUGCCGGCUUUCAGGAGCUGUCACUCGCAGAGCGAGGAGGUCGUCGCCGGGACUUCCAUGAUCUCGGUGUGAACACGAGACAGAACAUCGACCAUGUUAAAGAAUCAAAGACAGGCUCCUCGGGCAUCAUCGUGAGGCUGAGCACCAACCACUUCCGGCUGACGUCCCGUCCCCAGUGGGCCCUGUACCAGUACCACAUUGACUACAACCCGCUGAUGGAGGCCCGCAGGCUCCGCUCGGCUCUGCUGUUCCAGCAUGAAGAUCUGAUCGGACGGUGUCAUGCCUUCGAUGGGACGAUAUUAUUUUUACCUAAGAGGCUACAGCACAAGGUGACAGAAGUGUUCAGUCAGACCCGGAACGGGGAGCAUGUGAAGAUAACCAUCACCUUGACCAACGAGCUCCCGCCCACGUCGCCCACCUGCCUGCAGUUCUACAACAUCAUUUUCAGGAGGCUUUUGAAGAUCAUGAAUCUGCAACAAAUCGGACGGAAUUAUUACAACCCUAGUGACCCGAUUGACAUUCCCAAUCACAGGUUGGUGAUCUGGCCGGGCUUCACGACCUCCAUCCUGCAGUAUGAGAACAACAUCAUGCUGUGCACGGACGUCAGCCACAAGGUGCUGCGCAGCGAGACGGUGCUCGACUUCAUGUUCAGCCUGUACCAGCAGACGGAGGAGCACAGGUUCCAGGAGCAGGUCUCCAAGGAGCUCAUCGGCCUCAUCGUGCUCACCAAGUAUAACAACAAAACGUACAGAGUGGACGACAUCGACUGGGACCAGAACCCGAACAGCACCUUCAAGAAGGCAGACGGCUCGGAAGUGAGCUUCCUGGAGUACUACAGGAAGCAAUACAACCAGGAGAUCACGGACCUGAAGCAGCCGGUGCUGGUCAGUCAGCCCAAGAGGAGGCGGGGCCCGGGCGGCGUCCUGCCUGGCCCGGCCAUGCUCAUCCCCGAGCUCUGCUACCUCACAGGUCUCACUGAUAAGAUGCGUAACGAUUUUAACGUGAUGAAGGACCUGGCUGUGCACACGAGGCUCACCCCGGAGCAGAGGCAGCGCGAGGUGGGGCGGCUCAUCGACUACAUCCACAAAGAUGACAAUGUGCAGAGGGAGCUCCGGGACUGGGGCUUGAGCUUCGACUCCAACCUGCUGUCCUUCUCGGGGAGGGUCCUGCAGGCCGAGAAGAUCCACCAGGGCGGGAAGACGUUCGAGUACAACCCACAGUUUGCAGACUGGUCCAAGGAGACACGUGGCGCACCCCUGAUCAGCGUGAAGCCCCUGGAUAACUGGCUGCUGAUCUACACGCGCAGGAACUAUGAGGCGGCCAACUCCCUGAUACAGAACCUGUUCAAGGUCACGCCCGCCAUGGGCAUCCAGAUGAAGAAGGCGAUAAUGAUUGAAGUGGACGACAGGACGGAAGCCUAUCUGAGAGUCCUGCAGCAGAAGGUCACAUCCGACACCCAGAUAGUUGUCUGUCUGCUGUCGAGUAAUCGGAAAGACAAGUAUGAUGCCAUUAAAAAGUACCUGUGCACGGACUGCCCCACCCCCAGUCAGUGCGUGGUGGCACGGACCCUGGGCAAGCAGCAGACAGUCAUGGCCAUCGCCACGAAGAUCGCCCUGCAGAUGAACUGCAAGAUGGGUGGCGAGCUGUGGAGGGUGGACAUGCCCCUGAAGCUGGUGAUGAUCGUCGGCAUCGACUGCUACCACGACACCACGGCCGGGCGCAGGUCCAUCGCGGGGUUCGUGGCGAGCAUCAAUGAGGGGAUGACUCGCUGGUUCUCUCGCUGUGUGUUUCAAGACCGGGGACAGGAGCUGGUGGACGGGCUCAAAGUCUGCCUGCAAGCCGCGCUGCGGGCCUGGAAUACAUGCAAUGAGUACAUGCCGAGCCGCAUCAUCGUGUACCGCGACGGCGUGGGCGACGGGCAACUGAAGACGCUGGUUAACUACGAGGUGCCGCAGUUCCUGGACUGCCUCAAGUCCGUGGGCCGUGGCUACAACCCCCGGCUGACGGUGGUCGUGGUGAAGAAACGUGUGAACGCCAGGUUUUUUGCUCAGUCUGGAGGGAGACUUCAGAACCCUCUUCCCGGAACUGUCAUCGACGUGGAGGUCACCCGCCCCGAGUGGUAUGACUUCUUCAUUGUGAGCCAGGCGGUGAGGAGCGGCAGCGUGUCUCCCACCCACUACAAUGUCAUCUACGACAACAGCGGCCUGAAGCCGGACCACAUCCAGAGGCUGACGUACAAGCUGUGCCACGUCUAUUACAACUGGCCUGGUGUCAUCCGCGUCCCCGCUCCUUGCCAGUACGCGCACAAGCUGGCUUUCCUUGUGGGCCAGAGCAUCCACCGCGAGCCGAACCUGUCGCUGUCCAACCGCCUGUACUACCUCUAG